CUAGUCCACCAUCACUCACAUCUUACUGGGGCCGUCAUUCAUACGACCAAGAAUUAUUUUUAGUUGCCGCUUAGUGCUUCUGUGCAAUUUUGCGUGUCCCCACCCGACUGAGACAACGGCAAGCUUUCUUGUACGUCUAGUCCGCAGUUUGUCGUUCGUUUCAAUCAUCAUCGGUGGAGGAGCGAGUGAUCUUCGCUUAUUUUAGGAUACCUGCAGCUAAAGUUGAAGGAAUCAGUGCCACAUACCAUUUUGUCCGUUGCAAGCUACCAAGAGUUGCUAAACUGGCUCAGUCGAAGUCCGUACAAACUGGCCAAUUCGGAGUUCCGAGUAGUAGCCGCGUCAUAGCCCAUGGCAUGACGGAUGUGAAAAAGUUGAUCGAGCACACCUCAUCUAACCAUUUCAGUGAAAAAGAGACAUCCCGCGGUAAAACGAAUCUUCUUUUGUGAUAAGAAAUUUAGUUCUGAGUGAAAGUUUUAUGUAACGACUUUUUUUUGUGCUUGCUACAAAGGGUAGAGAUCGACAUCCCCUAAAUUGGUUUUCAUUUUUAAUAGUACCACUACUCCUUCACCUCUCCAGAUAACGGUACUCGUUGUAUAGAUUGUGACAAUCAGUGUUGGAGCUUGUGUAUUCAGUGUUUGGCAUCCGCGGUUUUUGUUUUGUUUUGAUUCAGCCGGUUGUAGCCGUAAAAUCCGUUUCAAUCGUGUGUGGCGCAGUGGAAAUUUACUGCAAUUAAAAAUAGUGCUGAUAGUAAUAUUCACUACACCGCGAAGUGUCUAGGAUCGGAGUGGAGCAGUAGUAACACCAGUAGUCAGUCGAGUCAGAUUCCGGUAAACUGUUGCAGAAAAGAGAGUGCGAGUUUAACAACCCACUUCACGGUCGGCAGGUUUCGUUUGGUUUGAUUAGUGUCGCGAAGUGUUAUUGUUUUGUUUGGAAGCGUGCCUGCUCAAAGUGCAAGUGCAGUCCGAGAAGUGCACCUCGCGUGUCGCGUUCUGGUGAUUUACGCAAGUUUGUUGAUUUUCUAUCAGUCCUAUAUCAUCCAAGUGUUUCGAUUCCGUAUUGAUACAGUGUGGUCGAUAAAGUGUGGAAAAUAAUAUUUGAUCGAAUCAAAAGCCACUUCAGAUACGAAGAAAAUAAACAUUCGCUCAGAAUCAACAAAGCGUCCCCAAAAUUUACGCGCACGGCAUUGCAAUCGUACUGAAAUUUUACCACUCAAAAACCCUUGAAGAAUAUAUUAAUUUUCGUCCUGUGCGAGGAAGAAACAGUGUGCAUUUUCCUCGGAAUCUGGUGCAAGGGAAAAAUCAAUAAAUUACUACCAGCUGUAGUUGCUGAGAGUGCAGUUGUGGCAAGUGCACAGAAACAAUCAGCCGACAACUACACAAAUCUGUGAGAGUCGGUAGAAGAUGGCUCCCAUCGCUACUACCAACGAUCCCAAGCUGGCCCAGGCCGCUGCGGAUGCCCUGAAUCGGUGCUCGGAUGCCAGCUACUACAGUAAUCAUAAAAACGGCCUUAAUGAUGGAUCACGCAAUGUACCUACAGCGGCUAUAAUUUCGGACCCCGGAUUGAAGCCAUGCCCUCUGCGGGCUCCUUUGGUGGUAACCAUCGUGGGUCUGCCCUGCAGAGGGAAGUCUCUCGCAGCACACAAGGUGUCCCGGCAUCUCAACUGGCGAGGUGAACGCGCCAAAGUUUUUAAUGUUGAAAUAAAUGCCACCGCCGAAACUCUCAGGGAAAUCUCCUCAUUCUUCAACGCGGGCAACAAUGUGGCGAUCAUCGAUGGUAUGCACCUAACCCGACAAUCUCGCCAGUUCUUGGCCAACUUCUGCUGCGAAAAAGUUUUCCACCAUCUGCUGAUCGAGUUCAGCUGCAACGAGAAAAGUCUGCUGGAUAACAUUGAGGAUACUGUUCGAUUCUACCACAAAUUGGACCAGAACAUCGACUGGGAGCGACGAUUGAAGGAACGGAACGAACAGUACACACCUCAAUUCGAGUCGUGUUCGGUACUCGAAGGCCCACUUAUCACGGUUAACAACUCAGAGGACCUGAGGUACCACUCAGUUACGGCGCAAGGUAUUAGGGGUGCAAUUCCAACUGCGAUUCUUGGUUCGUUGGCAGGCCCAGUAAUACGGCACAGAACCUUUUAUUUGAGUCGGCACGGUGAAUCUGAGUACAACGUUCUGGGCAAAAUCGGUGGUGAUGCAGAUCUGUCACCUCGGGGUAUGAAAUAUGCCGAGAGAUUGGCCAAACAAUUGGGAGGACCUGGCUCAGCUCCAGAUUGCCCAAAACCUAAACUUAUCUGGACCUCCGAGCUUCGUCGCACAAUUCGAACGGUGCAGAAUAUACCCGGUCCGCGGGCCGCCCUCAAGGAUCUGAACGAAAUAGAUGCCGGUAUAUGUGAGGGACUGACGUACGAGGAGAUCCAGGAACGUUUCCCUCAGGAAUUCGCUUGGCGCGAUCAGGACAAAUUUAAGUACCGCUACCCGCACGGUGAGUCCUACCUCGAUCUGUUGCAACGUGUUGACAACGUGGUGCAGGCGCUGCUUGCCAACACGGACGUCCUGGUAGUAUCGCACCAGGCUGUGCUGCGAUGCGUAAUGGCGUACUUCAAGGGAACGAAACCGGAUGAUGUUCCUUACAUUAAUGUUCCACUGCAUACACUGCUUAUCGUGCGUUCGUACGGAUAUGACUUUGAAGUAGAAACAGUCCCACUGAAAGUGGAAUGUGUCGACACCUAUCGUAUACAGCCGAAGAACUGCUCGACCACACGUACGACGGCGGACGCUUUGACCACGGUUCCGGCGCAUUUUGAUGCCCCACUGACACAGCAACUGUCCACCACGAUCAGCUAAAGCGACGAUCGAUGAUUCACUAUAGUAUAGUGCUGCAGGAAAACACAUUGAACACGAAUUGAUGACAGUCCAAUUAUGAAAAAGGCAGCCGCUAAACAAAUCUCCGGUUCUUCCAAAAUAUUCGUACAAAUGAUAAGUUUUGCCAGGAAAGGUGUUAUUUGCGAUUUGAAGCAAUUGAACUUUAACGACUUUUUGAGAUGUAUCAAAAAAAUGGAUUGUUUAUCGGAUUGAGAUUUAGUGAAAGUCAAUUUUUAUUCACACACAAGUCGUCGAUAUUACUUACAUACUUUCUUAAUUACAACUUUUCCCAUUGACUAUCCUCUGACACACAAUGCAAGUUAGUAAGUAAUGUAGGAUGUUAGGGUCCGAAAGGCAGAUUAAUUUUAAUUUAUGAUGCACACAAAUGAUGAAGUGAUUGACUUGGGCAAUGUAUAGAGAGGUGAAAUCAAGUGAAAAAAUGCAUUUUAAUAUACAUACACACAAACAUAUAAUACCAUAGUUAACCUGCUGAUCCGUUUAAUUGUAGUUGACGAUCAUGCUUUAUUUCGUGAUUCAAAAGCUAUAAGCUAAAGUACACAGAUACACUAAGAAGAAUCUGUAGAAUAGCAUGCGUUAGGUUUGUACAUUUUUAGUUAUAAUGUUAGUUUUCUAUUGGCAGAAUGAACGUAAAAUCGUGAAAGGUUUAUCCAAUAAAAACAACAGUAAAAAGUCAUUAAACAGACUGUAGUUGAGAA